CACGCACUCUAUGGAUCUUAAUUUCCGACUUCAUCGAACCUGCAGUCGUCGGUCACUCGGACAGCUGAGAAUAUAGCUGAUAAAUUUGCCGAUUUUCAAUGGCUCCAAGCACGAGUCUGAUCUGCCGCUUCUUCACUUCCAGUGCUCUCCAGGCUUAACUUAAAACCCCACAUGACUCUCCGUAUCUUAUUCUGAUUUCCUCCCUGGUCCUCAGAAGUUUACGACCCAUCAUGGACGAACUUGAAAAGCCGAAUCCUUCUGUUUCCGAAAAGGAAUCUGGCUCAGUGCUACUACCCGACGAAACUCCUCUCUAUAACGCUCAUGUCGAUGUCAGUGGGGUCGACGAAAAGAAACUGAUCCGCAAGGUCGACAUUGCGCUUAUUCCUUGGUUAUCGCUCUUGUAUCUCCUCAGUUUCUUGGAUCGAUCAAGUAUCGGAAAUGCAAAGCUUUAUAACCUCGAAGGCGACCUUGGAAUGUCGGACAACCAGUAUCUAAUAUCUUUGACAGUAUUCUUCGUCGUUUAUGCCGUGUUUGAGGUGCCCUCCAAUAUAUUCCUCAAGUGGCUUCGGCCGUCUAUUUGGCUGUCUGGUUUGAUGUUAGUUUGGGGCAUAAUCAUGACCGCACAAGGACUUGUUCAUAAUUCUGGUGGCCUGAUUACCGCGAGGUGUUUUUUGGGAAUGUUGGAGGCAGGUCUAUAUCCGGGUGUGAGCUAUCUGUUAUCAUGUUGGUACAAGCGGUCCGAAUUCGGUAGCCGUAUGGCUAUAUUUUUCUCAGCGACCACGGCCGCUGGCGCGUUUGGAGGUCUACUGGCGGCAGCUAUCUCAAGUAUGGAUGGUAUCGGUGGAAAGCCAGGCUGGGCGUGGAUUUUUAUUCUUGAAGGACUUGCCACGAUUGUUGCGGCAGUCGCAUCUUUCUGGAUUAUACAGGAUUUCCCAGACACAGCCAAAUUCCUUUCCGAAGCGGAGAGGACUGUGAUCAUCCGACGCUUACAAGCAGAUGAUCAAUUCAGUGCCGCUGGAGAAGAGUUCAGAUGGAAGUAUAUUCGCCAGAGCUUGUUGGACUGGAAGACGUACGUCGGAAUGUUUAUACAAUGCAGUAGUGUUAUGCCACACUACACGUUUUUACUGUUUUUGCCCUCGAUUAUUAGCCAGCUUGGAUUCAAGGCAACUGCCGCGAACUUGUUGACGGUCCCCGUUUAUGUCUUUGCUUGCAUAGUUACAUGCGUGGUUGGCUAUUUGUCGGAUCGAUGCCGUCGAAGAGGCAUUUUCAUUAUUGGGUUCUUCUGCCUCGGCGCUGCGGGUUAUAUUAUCUUAAUCUUGUCCAAGAGUGCGGCUCUAUCCUACUUUGCAGUUUACCUUGCGACCUGUGGUAUAUUCCCCAUCGUUGCUAACAACACUGCUUGGGUAUCAAACAACGUGGAAGGGGCCUAUAAGCGCAGUGUUUCCAUUGGGAUGGUAGUCGGUUUCGCAAACCUUAACGGAAUUGUCAGUUCCAACGUCUAUCGCCAGAAAGAUGAGCCGCGGUAUGUUUUGGGACACGGGUUGGUCCUGAUGUACAUCGGUAUUGGGAUUAUCUCUUCGACGCUUUACCUCUUUCUUGCGAGAAGGGAAAACGCGAAGAGAGAAAGAGGCGAGCGUGACGAGGUAAUCGAGGGACAUUCCGGUGGGGAUGAGAAGAAUGGAACGUUUGUGAGCGUUGACGAGGCAAAAAGAGAGAAAGGAGACGAAUGGAGUGGGUAUCGGUAUAUGCUGUAGUGAUUGGGACCGAUGAUGACAUCCCCACGAUAUUUCCACCUCCCGAUACUACUGUACAUGAUCUGUUAUGUCCUGACGACGGAGAACCGACCGUGUAAUCAAAUUAGCCCUC